UUGGUCUUUCCCUCAACCUCGUAGCUUGCGUUCUAUUCCAUUGCUCUAUGCGUGCGACGAAGGAUAUGGCUCAAAAUUACCCUCUGAAAAUCAGCCAACGACCGCUCUGGUUCUUCGAUAACGAAGAGUUCUGGCGUUCCUGUCAUCCAUUUCUACUAGCUCGUGGCUAUCAGCUGCGGCCUCGUUAUGAUCCCGAUUGGAAUCCCUCUUGGACUAAAGAGGGGGAAAUUUUCUUUCAGGCGGAGCAUAACAUUCCCUCUAUGAAGGAAGCUGUACUGGACGCUACACGGAUAGCGGACGGCAAGAAAGUAGUCUUGAAACGAAUAGAGUCAGACCAUCCGGAAAUCGGUAUCUGCCGACACCUCCAAUCUUUGCGUGACGAUCCUAGAAACCGGACCAUCCCGAUAUUGGACUUCUUGGUACUACCGGAAACCAGAUGGACAAUAAUCGUCAUGCCUUACGCCCGAAGAUUCACGUUUCCACCUUUUCACUGCCCUAAUGAAUUCAUCGAAGCCAUGACUCAAUAUCUCGAGGGUCUGCAAUUCAUGCACGAUAACAACAUUGUGCACUUUGAUAUUGCUCCGCAAAAUAUGCUCAUGGAUGAGUCGGAAGUAGUUCCGCGAGGCUCUCACUUUGCAUUACCAGAAACUCAUCAUGCAAAGCUCGCAUUUUUCUAUUGGAGGGAUCGAUGCUCCGUUGGCCCUACGCAAUACUACUAUAUCGAUUUCGGCCUUUCUCUAUAUUUUCCGGAAGGGAAGGAGUCGGCACGUCACCUAGGGACCCUUCGGACGUUUCCAACCAUUCCUGAACUAUCCGAUGAUGUUCCGUAUAAUCCAUUCUACGUUGAUAUUUAUCAACUGGGAUUGACAAUGCAGCGAGUAAUCAAUGACUAUUACGGCCUCGAAGAUUUCCUCCCAGUCGCAGUGAAGAUGCUGGUACUGGAUCCCCAAGCACGUCCAGAGCCCAGGGCAUCAUUGGAACAUAUGCGAUCCAUCGCGAGCAAAAUAUCUCCGUCAAGGCUGUCUGGACAAAUAUGGGAAAAGAAUGUUGGAUAUUGGAAGAAAUUGUCGCGGUGGUUGUGGGGUGGGUUUCCAUUCGAACCGGGCCGUCAUUGCUAGUUAAAAUCUGUCCAUCAUGACUGCGUGAAUUGGGGUCCAUGUAUAUCUGGAUACGCAAAUCUAUGAAUGCGGGUAGAGGUCGCAAUCGAUUACUU